UCCAAAAUUGUAUCAUUUUUAAUUGCCACUUUUGUAAAAGUGUGAAAAACUCUAAAAGCUUCCACAGAAUUCCAGUGGCCAGAGUGCAUGCUACCACUGUUGAGCGGGUCCCUUUCCUCCUUUCCUAAAAUCUCAACCAUAACACUUACACUCCUCUCUAUCUCUCUCUCUCUCUGUCUUCCAAUUAAUAUCUUACCUUCCCAAUAUAAUCCCCACAACCCUCUACAAUUACAUCCCGACCCAAGUGUAUAGACGAAAUAUCUAUAUAUGUCAUGGCUGACCAAAAUCAAAAUACUCACUGACAUUGCGCCAAAUAUAACCCACCCCUUGACCUUCCUUCCUUCUCAGCCCUCCUUCAGCCACACCCUUUUACACCAAGUCAUCCCACAUUCUCCUUUCCCUCUCUUCACCACCAGAACUUGUUCAAUUAUUAAAACACCCUCCCCUCCCCACCACCAUGGCAUCAAGCUCUUGCGGGAACCACACUAGGUACCAUGGAAUCCGGUGCCGGGGCGGAAAAUGGGUGUCCGAAAUCCGUGAGCCACGUAAGACUAGGCGGAUAUGGCUCGGGACCUACCCAACCCCGGAGAUGGCAGCGUCUGCCUAUGACGUGGCCGCGCUCGCUCUCAAGGGCGGUGAUGCUGUUCUAAACUUUCCGAGCUCCAUUGCCUUGUAUCCAGUGCCAGCAUCCAGGUCACCGGAGGACAUUCGCAGUGCCGCCGCCGCUGCUGCCGCUGCUGCAGCUGCUGUUUCUGCUGCACUACAGUCGAAUGAGGAGGCCAAUAACAGCCUGGAGCUCAAGGAGAGUCCGAAGAAGCAAGAGGACAACAUGACGACGAUGAUGAAUAGUACUAGUUUGGCGUCGUCUGUGGGAAUGGACGAAGAAGAGCUUUUCGGGAUGCCAAAUUUGCUGGCCGAGAUGGCAGAGGGAAUGCUGUUGUCUCCUCCGAGACCGCCUGAUUAUCCCGAAUCGGGCAAUUCAGACGGAGGAGAAAGUGGUCUGUGGAGCUUUUGA